UGGCGGAGGCUGGAGCGGGGCGGCGGGAUGCAGCGACCCGGGCCCUUCAGCACCCUCUACGGGCGGGUCCUGGCCCCGCUGCCCGGGCGGGCCGGGGGCGCGGCCUCUGGCGGAGGAGGGAGCAGCUGGGGCGUUCCGGGUUCCCACGUGCAGUUGCCGGGACGCGCGCAGUUCGGCGCUGGCAGCACAAGUACAGCUGGCGGGGACGCUAACAGCGUCUGCCCGGCCCCCUCCACGAUGUCCAAGGCCGAGGAGGCCAAGAAGCUGGCGGGCCGCGCGGCCGUGGAGAACCACGUGAGGAAUAACCAAGUGCUGGGAAUUGGGAGUGGUUCUACAAUUGUCCACGCUGUGCAGCGAAUAGCUGAAAGAGUGAAACAAGAGAAUCUGAACCUCGUCUGUAUUCCCACUUCCUUCCAGGCCCGUCAGCUCAUCCUGCAGUAUGGCUUAACUCUCAGUGACCUGGACCGACACCCAGAGAUUGACCUUGCCAUCGAUGGUGCUGAUGAAGUCGAUGCUGAUCUCAAUCUCAUCAAGGGUGGAGGAGGCUGCCUGACCCAGGAGAAAAUUGUGGCUGGCAAUGCCAGUCGCUUCAUCGUCAUUGCCGAUUUCAGGAAAGAUUCAAAGAACCUCGGGGAUCAGUGGCACAAGGGAAUCCCCAUCGAGGUCAUCCCGAUGGCCUAUGUCCCAGUGAGCCGAGCUGUGACCCAGAAGUUUGGGGGUGUGAUUGAACUUCGAAUGGCUGUCAACAAGGCAGGUCCUGUGGUGACGGAUAAUGGGAAUUUUAUCCUGGACUGGAAGUUUGACCGGGUCCACAAAUGGAGUGAAGUGAACACAACUAUCAAAAUGAUCCCAGAUUCCGUGGGCCUCACAAUGAAGAGCAUUGGGACGUGCAAAAAUAGCUUGCUGAAAAUAAUUAGGGGGUGCAUGGGAUGGGGAAACAAUGAACUGAAUCAUAGGUACAUGGGGUUCACUGCUCUCUGCUUUUGAAUGUGUGAUAUUUUCCAUAAUAAAAUUUUUCUUAAAAUGGCUUGCCAACUUUUGUUCUGGAAUUUGCUGAAAGAAAACAUUGUUACAAUAAUUUUAGGUGCCCCUGUGAAGUACCACGUAGGAUUAUCGAGAUGUGUGAGUAUAUGUGUGUGUUCUGCUCGGGAAAGUCAGGGAAAGCCUCGUAGGGUAGGUGGUCAUUUAGUUGUAUCUUUAAAAAAAUUUUUUCAGCUCUAUUGAGAUAUAAUUCACAUACCAUACAAUUCACCCACUUAACGUGUACAGUUCAGUUUGUAGUAUAUUCAGAGAGUUGUGUAGCUAUCGCUACAAUUCUAGAACAUUUCCAGCAACCCAAAGAGAAACCCCUUGUCCAUUAGCAGUAACUCCCUGUUUCCCCUCAGUGCCUCCCACCCACACCCCCCAGUCCCAGGCAACCAUGAAUUCACCUCUUUUUUCAAAAUAAUUUAUUUAUUUUUGGCUGCAUUGGGUCUUCGUUGCUGCGUGUGGGCUUUCUAGUUGUGGCGAGCGGGGGCUACUCUUCGUUGUGGUGCGUGGGCUUCUCGUUGCGGUGGCUUCUCCCGUUGCAGAACACGGCCUCUAGGUGCGUGGACUUCAGUAGGUGUGUCACGCCGGCUCAGUAGUUGUGGCUCAUGGGUUCUAGAGCGCAGACUCAGUAGUUGUGCACGGGCUUAGUUGCUCCGCGGCAUGUGGAAUCUUCCCAGACCAGGGCUCGAACCCACAUCCCCUGCAUUAGCAGGCGGGUUCUUAACCACUGCACCACCAGGGAAGUCCCAUGAAUUCACUUCUUGUCUCUAUAGAUUUGCCUCUUCUGUAAUUUCAUAUAAAUGGAGUCAUACAAUAUAUGAUCUCAUUGUGUCUUAUUUAGCCUAACGUUUUCAGUUCUUGUUCAUUCUUAGAGCGUGUAUCGAUACUUCAUUCUUUUUUUAUUGCUGAAUACGAUUGUAUGAAUAUGCCACAUUUAAUUUAUUCGUCAGUUGAUAGACACUUGGGUUGUUUCCACUUUUUAUGAGUAAUGCUGCUAUGAACAGUGAUGUACAAGUUUUUGUGUGAAUGUAUGUUUUUUGUUAUCUCCUUGUCUGUUUGUACUUCCUUCUUUCGAUUAAAAUAAAUUUUAAAGCCUACUGUUCUAA